GUUUCUUGGUUGUGUAGCUGUCCUCUCCCAUGAGGUACUCUUGCUCUUUUCACUUUGCCUGCCAAGUGGGUCACCUCUAGCCUUUAGCUGCAGCUCUGGCCCCGGCCCUCAGCACACCCAGCCCCGGCCCUCAGCACACCCAGCCCCGGACACCCUAGGAAGCAGCGAGUGGGGCUGGGGCCGUGCGGGUACUCCCCGCGUGGGGUGUGCUGCCUGUGGGCAGGCGGCCAGGGCAGGCCCCUGCAUGCUGCCACCCGGCUUCCAGAGGCUGGUCUCUGUCCUCCCGCCUGGGCGUCCUCCGUCGGCAGCUCCCCGGGGAGCAGGCCAUCCUCUUGGCUACAGUGCCUGUGUUUCAUCACCUCGGGACUGCGUCACGGACACCCCGCUGAGGCGCCACCCUCAGUGGGAGGACGGGACAGGAUCCUGGCAGGACACGAGGGAUCCUCCACUUCCUCCCGCUGCCCUCGCACAAGCUUCUGCUGGCCUCUGAGUCGCUGAAAUGAGCAUGUAACCAGCAGCUCUGUGUACCGAGCAGUGGCCAGGGCCCCGCCACUCAGCUGGGAGACCCGAGACUGCUCUGUCCACUGCACCUCCUGCAUGUCCUGCUGCCCUGAGCUGUCCCGAGCUAGGUGACAGCGUGUCACGCUGCCACCAUGAACGAGGUGUCUGUCAUCAAAGAAGGCUGGCUCCACAAGCGCGGUGAAUACAUCAAGACCUGGAGGCCCCGGUACUUCCUGCUGAAGAGUGACGGCUCCUUCAUUGGCUACAAGGAGCGGCCCGAGGCGCCCGACCAGACCCUGCCCCCCCUAAACAACUUCUCUGUCGCAGAGUGCCAGCUGAUGAAGACCGAGAGACCACGGCCCAACACCUUUGUCAUACGCUGCCUGCAGUGGACCACGGUCAUCGAGAGGACCUUCCACGUAGACUCUCCGGACGAGAGGGAAGAGUGGAUGCGGGCCAUCCAGAUGGUCGCCAACAGCCUGAAGCAGCGGGGCCCCGGGGAGGACCCCAUGGACUACAAGUGUGGCUCCCCCAGCGACUCUUCGGCGGCCGAGGAGAUGGAGGUGGCGGUUAGCAAGGCGCGGGCCAAGGUGACCAUGAACGACUUCGACUAUCUCAAACUCCUGGGCAAGGGCACCUUUGGCAAAGUCAUCCUGGUGCGGGAGAAGGCCACUGGCCGCUACUACGCCAUGAAGAUUCUGCGGAAGGAGGUGAUCAUCGCCAAGGAUGAAGUCGCCCACACGGUCACCGAGAGCCGAGUCCUCCAGAACACCAGGCACCCGUUCCUCACCGCCCUGAAGUAUGCCUUCCAGACCCACGACCGCCUGUGCUUCGUGAUGGAGUACGCCAACGGUGGUGAGCUGUUCUUCCACUUGUCCCGGGAGCGCGUCUUCACGGAGGAGCGGGCCCGCUUCUAUGGCGCAGAGAUCGUCUCGGCCCUGGAGUACCUGCACUCUCGGGACGUGGUGUACCGCGACAUCAAGCUGGAAAACCUCAUGCUGGACAAAGAUGGCCACAUCAAGAUCACUGACUUCGGCCUGUGCAAGGAGGGCAUCAGUGAUGGGGCCACCAUGAAGACCUUCUGUGGGACCCCUGAAUACCUGGCUCCCGAGGUGCUGGAGGACAAUGACUACGGCCGGGCUGUGGACUGGUGGGGGCUGGGCGUGGUGAUGUACGAGAUGAUGUGCGGCCGCCUGCCCUUCUACAACCAGGACCACGAGCGCCUCUUCGAGCUCAUCCUCAUGGAGGAGAUCCGCUUCCCGCGCACGCUCAGCCCCGAGGCCAAGUCCCUGCUUGCUGGGCUGCUUAAGAAGGACCCCAAGCAGAGGCUCGGCGGGGGGCCCAGCGAUGCCAAGGAGGUCAUGGAGCACAGGUUCUUCCUCAGCAUCAACUGGCAGGACGUGGUACAGAAGAAGCUCCUGCCACCCUUCAAACCUCAGGUCACAUCCGAGGUCGACACGAGGUACUUCGACGACGAGUUCACUGCCCAGUCCAUCACCAUCACCCCCCCGGACCGCUAUGACAGCCUGGGCUCGCUCGACCUGGACCAGCGGACCCACUUCCCCCAGUUCUCCUACUCGGCCAGCAUCCGCGAGUGAGCGCCCGCUGCCGCCACAGGACGCACGCACGGCCGCCACCACCGCCGGGGGCUUCGUUCUUUUUUUUUUUUAACUUUUUAUUUUGCCUUUUUUGUUUGCGUCCCCAUCCCUCACCUCCUUACCCCCAUUUCCAGUUUUUUCUUCAGCCCUCUGCCAAACUCCCCUUGCGGUCCCCGCGGCCCUGCCUCCAGGACCCUGUCCUGCGCUCACCUCUGCCAGACCGGGAGUCGCCGCCUGCCCCGGGACCAGCCGUGGGCGCUGAGAAGGGGCCGGUUUUGAGCAGCGUGAGCCCCAGCGGGGCCAGACAGGGGCCUGCAUCCGCCGGGUGCCCAGUGACAGCACGCCGGUGCUGCCUUCCCUGCCCCGUCCUUAGGCUCUGAGUGGCCUGGCGAGGGGCAGUCCAGCCCCCUCCCCCACGGGGGCAGAAAAGCAAUAAUGUCCAGGGCCGGGCGGGGGCCUUCGGAAGCUGUGGGGUCGGGGCUUAGGGCUCCCUCCUGUGGAUGGGGCCCAGUCGACCCUGUGGGGGACCAGCGGGGCCCAGAGGUCGGCGCUGCCUCCUGGCCCUGCCUUCCCCCACCCCCCAAGCUGCUCUCCUGACCUGCGGGUGAGGCAGGAGGAACAUUUAGGGGCUAGUCCCCGGCCCCCCGCCCCGUGCCUUACCAGGGCUUCCUUCCAGCCGGCCUUACCUCCCACUGGCCCCCGGGCCUGGCCCCAUCCCUUCUGAGGGUGGGGCCUGGGUCACCCCCUUCUCUGCCUGGGGCGGAGGGGCGCCAGCCUCGGCUGUUACACAUCUCACACCGAGACAGUAUUGGGCCCCACGGACUUGGGUCGAGGAGCAGGUGGGGGUGGGGGUCUCUGGUACGUACCGGGGUGGGGGCCUCUGGGAACGGAGGCUCCAGGCCACCUCACCCCUCCCCCUCUCCGGGCCCCACGUUCUGCAGCCUUAAGGUGAACGUGUGUCAGUGCUGUGGGCACUCGUGUGCGUGCCCCGGACUGUGUGUGUCCGUGGGCAUCCCUGUGCAUCUGGGACACAGGUGCACACGGGUGUGUGUGUGCAUGCGUGUUGGGUAUGUGUGUGCGAGGGCAAGCGUGUCCCGGCCUCGAGUGUGGUGUGUGUGGGCUCAGGCCCCUGUCCCAGGCCCGAGCAUCUCAUCCCGUGGGGGAGGGGUGCUGGCCUAGUGGGGGAGCCACGCCUGGGGUCCACUUGCUGCCCUGCCCCCCUCCCUUCCCCUCCCCUCCCCCCCAACAUCUCCAGGUGUUUGGAAUUUGGUUUUUCUGGUUUUGCUCUCCCCACCUCACCUUCUGUACUAGGUAACUCACAGAGAGACAUCCUGGGGUGGGGUGGGGUUGGUUUGGGUGGGUGGGGGUCUUUUUUUCCUUUUUGUGUGUGUCUGUCAUUGAUCUGACAAUUCUCUCUCCUCCCCCCUGGCCUUUCCCCAUUCCUCGUAUUUGUACGGUACAAGCAAUAAAGACACUCGUUUUAGACCGGG